UUUUCUCCGUAAUACACAUUAAAUAGUAAAUAUACAUUUUUGUUACUUCUAAAAGGCGGUGAUACACUAAACCCUAGCUCUAUCUUUAUCGUUUGAUAUCUUCUAUAUAUAUAUGUAUGUAUAAGCUCCAUAAAUUUCUUACAGAAACCCUAAAAGAUGGCUCCAACCGAGAAGAAACAAAAGCUUAGCACAUCUGAAACCGUAAGUCCCUCUCUCUCAAAGACGGAUCUAAAGAAGAAGAAGAAGAAGAAGAAGGUGAGCAAAUCAUUAAUAACAACAAGUCCCUCUCACUCAGAGAAGGAUUUGGUAACCCUAAGCCCCUCUCUAAUCUCAAAGGUUGACGUGGAAAAAGCGAUGAAGAAGCAAAAUGACGUUGCUAUGUUUCUUGCGGAGAAAGUAUUGGGAGAUCUCGGAGAUUACGAGAUCGCCCCGAAUAUAUUUGGAUGUAACUAUUAGGAAAUAUAUCAUUAAUGUAUAAGUUAGGUUUCCUAUUCUAUUAUGUAAAGAACUUGCUAGACAAGUUAUGUAAUUUGUAUAAAUAAGUCUAUUGGCUAAGUUAAUAAGAGAAGAGAAACUAUUAUACUACUUAGGUUUCCUCCAAACUUGACAGAAAGUAAUCGCUGCGGUAGCUGAAAACUCAAACUUCGUCUUCUCUCCUGCAUCAAUCAAAGCCGCUCUCACCAUGCUCGCUGUUAGCUCACCAGACGAAACACUAAGAUCCUCCAUCUUAUCCUUCCUUAGGUCUUCUUCAAUGGAUGAGCUCAAAGCAGCUUUCAGCGAGAUCGCUACCACCGUCCUCGCAGACGGAAGCGCAAGCGGUGGCCCUAAGAUCUCCAACGUCAAUGGAGUGUGGUUGGAGCAGUCGCUGGGUGUUGAUCCCUCGUUGAAGGAUCUCUUUGAGAAUUUCUUCAAGGCUACAUGCGCUCUAGUUGAUUUCAGAUUCAAGGCUGAAGAAGUGCGCGAGGAGGUGAAUGCUUGGGCUUCAAGGCACACUAAUGGUCUCAUCAAAGAUAUUCUUCUUCCUGGAAUGGUUACAAGCGACACCGACCGUAUUUAUGGAAACGCACUCUACUUCAAAGGAACCUGGGAACAAAAAUUCCCAAAGUCUUUGACAAGUGACUUAGAGUUUCAUCUUCUCAAUGGCGGAUCAGUCACUGUGCCUUUCAUGAGGAACAAUAAGAAUCAGUACGUUGAGCAGUACGAGGGUUUCAAGGUCCUUAAGCUGCCAUUUCGACAAUCCGGUGAUAUCAAUCGCCAAUACUCAAUGUAUUUCUACCUACCGGACGCCAAGGAUGGAUUGAGUAGUCUGGUCAAGAGGGUGGCAUCAUCAUCAUCAUCAUCUAGUUGUGGAUUCUUGGAUAGUCACACUCCAAGAAAACAAGUUGAAGUUGGUCAGUUCUGUAUCCCAAAGUUUAAGAUAGAAUUCGGGUUUGAGGCUUCAAGUGCUUUGAAUCUGGAUUCGGUUUCACUGCGCCAUAAAGCUUUGGUUGAGAUCGAUGAAGAUGGUGCAGAGGCUGCGGCUGUUACUGUUAGCUGUGGUGGUAGAGGCUUUAGUGGUAAGAGGAUAGAUUUUGUGGCUAAUCAUCCAUUUCUUUUUAUUAUUAGAGAAGACAAAACUGGAACUGUUUUGUUCGUUGGUCAGAUCUUUGAUCCUUCUAAAUCUGCUUCUGCUUAGGACCGACCGGUUUAUGGUUUUUUUCCCAUUUGUGGCACAUGAUCGCCAGUUACAUUCUUUUGAUUUUUCCUGUUUGACCCCUUUGAGGAAGAGAAGAAUUCAUAAUUCGC